AUGUCCAUCCAUGACCCGAAAACCUCCCGUCGUCUUUCGCGUUCGCUGAAUGACCUCGACCUCAUCAUCAGGAAGAACGACAUGCCUGGAGUCGAUACUCAUUACCACAUCUAUUCUGAGUCCAGCUUGGACAGCAACUGGAUCCCUGCGCGGCCACUUGGACCAGCCCAUCCACCACCCGUCAGGAAACCAACGCCACCUGGACUGCCUCCGUUUGGAAGCUGGGAAGCGACCUUACUCCGCUUGGAACGACGGUUGCUCAGCAGAACCUCCUUGACACUCCGCCAGUGGUUGCACUCGCACGACGAGAGCUGUGAGCAAGAUGUGACAAGUGGGAACGCCCAAUCGACGGCUCCAGAUAGGGUCUCACCAGUCUACUCAACACAGUCACUGCCGCAGAGGCCGCACGAGGUCCAGCCCGAGCAGAGAGAUCUCCUCAGACGAACAUUGGCGGCGAUUGGCAUGUCUCGCGUGCUCGACCCAGACACUGUCGAACGCGCAUUGUUGACAAUUCCCCACACCUCUGCCCUAGAGCAAGCACCAUCCUCUGCAAUCAAGAUUGUCCUUCCUCCCUGGGUAUACAUGGCCAAUGUCCCUGGACCGCUGGCUCGGGCUGAUGAUGGAACCUAUGUCCGAGGGGCGUUCGGCCCACGUUUCAGCGGUCACGGCAUUGGGGAGAGAGACAUCGAGGACCUUCCUUUGGCCAGAAUGGAAAAGACGGAAUAUGAACCAGCUGAGCUACCGGCCACAUUGGCGGCUUUGCGCAGGACGGAUGCAACGAGCGCGCACAGGAGUGCCAGUGCAAUUGGCCCUGCUAUGGAAGAAGAGGAGGACGACGAGAGUAAAUGUGACGGCUGCUGUGCCAAGCUCUGUGUCUGGAUUUGGGGCAUACCGGCGGCAAUGAGGGCGUGA